CUGAAUGCAUUGAAGCAUCUGUAUUGUCCCUGGAAGCAUUGUAUUGAAUUCAUCCCUUUCAAUCUAAAUACUUCUGAGGAGAUCCCUUCAAUGAAGUCCUCCUUGACCUUGGGUCAGCUUCCUUGAUAGCUUGCUUGACACAUGACCAAAUGAGAUGGAAAGAGACUGACCACCCUCUUGCUUUGGGGAGGUCAAGAUUUGAGUUACACUUUUUGAUCUAUUUGAAGGUGGUUUGAUUUGUCCUCACACUGUCAAAAAGCUGUAUAUGGGUGGUCGAACCCUCGAUUCGUUGACGAUGCUAUUGCUAUGUAGGUGACUUUCAAUCUGCACGUAGAUUUGUCCUCCUUGAGAACUCAAGAGGGCUCAGCCUCCAAAUCAACUGUGAUCAGAGCUAAUGACAAUGGAUCCUGUACGAGAAAGAAACUGGCUGAUCCCAACAGCUCUUCUCUGCAGCUACGGAUUCUUGAAGGAAGUACGUCCCUCGGAACCCUUCCUGACCCCUUACCUUCGUGGAGACAAGAACCUCACUGAGCAGCAAGUGGACAAUGAAGUGUACCCGGUCUGGACGUACACCUACAUGGUCGCCCUGGUCUUCGUGUUUGUCCUCACUGACCUACUCCGCUACAAACCGGUCAUCGUCUUUGAAGGCUUAGCCUACAUCGGAACCUGGUCACUUCUUCUCUGGGCAUAUGGAGUGACGAUGAUGAAACUUAUGCAGUUCAUGUAUGCUUUCGCGACAUCAACAGAAGUGGCAUACCUCGCGUACAUCUUUGCAGCUGUAUCAUCAGACCAUUACCAGCAGGUGUCCAGUUACACGCGAUCCGCUCUCCUUGCGGGAAGGUUUGUGGCGGCUGUCAUCGGACAACUAUUGAUUUCUUUUAAAGUUACUACAUACAGGGGCCUCAAUUACGUUAGUCUCGCUUUUGUCUCUUUGGGUUUUGUUAUUAGUCUGUUCUUACCAUCGGUUCAUAAGAGUACUUAUUUUCACAGAGACUUGCCAAAAGUUGCAAACUGUCCUACAGAAGGUCACGUUCCCGGUGAAAACCCGACACAAAGUUCCAGUGCACAUGUAGAUGAAUCAUGUCAUGGAGUUGAUGUUCAAUCAAAAGCACAUUCACGAUCAGUGAAAGAGAGAACUGUUUCUUGCUAUUCAUCUACCAAGCGGUUUUGCCAGUACUUGUGGACAGACUUCAAGAACUGCUACAGCAAUAGACAGCUCUUGGAAUGGUCGCUUUGGUGGGCUUUUGCAACCUGUGGUAAUCUUCAAAUUGGCAACUACAUCCAGAAUCUGUGGGACAUUAUUUUUACAAAGUCUGGUAAUCACAGCUCUGAAAAUGUCUACAAUGGAGCAGUGGAGGCAUUGUCAACUCUCCUCGGUGCUCUGUCGGCAUUCCUGAUUAUGUUUCCAAAGGUGAACUGGGACCGUUACGGAGAGCUACUUCUCGGGGUCGUUUCCAUCGUGGAUGCCAUAUUACUCUUAAUAAUGGGGUUGACCUCUAACAUCUGGCUCUGCUAUUCAUUCUAUAUCAUCUUCAGGUCUUCGUACCAGCUUGUCAUCACAAUAGCAACAUUCCAGAUUGCAAAGCAUCUGAGCUUAGAACGCUAUGCAUUGGUGUUUGGAUGGAAUACGUUUGUAGCUCUUGUUCUUGAGACCAUUCUGACUCUUAUUGUGGUGGACUAUAGGACUCUCAAUCUACCUGCUGAUACACAGUUCCUGGUAUACGGUGGCUACUUCUAUCUCCUCGGCACGGCUUUCUGCAUCAAGGCAGUCUACCAGGCGGGGCAGCGGGGAUGCCGGCAGACGCUCUCGUGUUGCCAUGGUGACAAUGGGGCGUGUCUGGAGCUCCAUACCCGAGUACCCAUCCAGGACGGAGAUGGAGACGCCGGAGGGAGAAGGAGAGAGGAUGAGGAGGAGCAGGAGGAAGGAGCCAGAGAGAUUGAUGAGGUGCAAGGAAGAGAUACAGUCCAGUUGGUCCGGUAAAGGAGGAGGUAAAUUGUGCAUAUCUUGACCUGCAGAGCCAAUAUGAGCCAAGAUUGUAAGCUGCCAUGCUUUUUUUCUGCAUUUAUAUAUUUUUUAUACAGUAAAUUAAUAUUGAUAUAUUUUGCAGCAGUGUUGUAUUGUGUGUGAUCAGUGGAGUUCUGGGACCCUUCUUACAAAGAGUCACGAUUGAUCCAAUCAAUUGUAACUCUAUGGAAAUCCAUCAGGGAAUUCGCACAAUCUCAUUAAAACAUAGAGAAUCUCUCUGAAUCCUCAAGAGAAUGAUAAAUGUAUGAAUGUGCAUCAUGUCUAGAAAAUAUUUUAAACAAAUUUGCAUUUUUAGAUUUUGACGUUGCUGGCCGUCCAUAGUUGUGAUUGAUCGGAUCGAUUGUAACUCUUUGUACGACGGGGCCCAGUAAUUCAUGUAGGCCUUGUACGCGUAAAGGGACCACCCAUUUACAGAAAGCGAUGGAUCAAGAGAAGGAAUAGACAGUGAUGGUUUCUCAAAUUCCAACUCUUGCUCCCAAAAUUGGUGCAAUUUAGGGUGCAAUUAUUAUUUUGAUUUGUGUGAAGUGAAUCAAUUUGUGCCAAAGCCAAGUUAAUAAUAUCCAUGUUGCAAUCACAUACAUGUAGAGAUGUUAUAAUCAUAAUGUAAUGCACUAUCCAAGAACUGUUUGUUAUUGUUUAUAUUAUUUUCCCAAAUGUUAUUGGUUCAGGGAAUUAGUGCAACUGGGAGCUUCUAUUUGAUGCUCUUUUCUAUGAUUAAGCCUUUAUCUGUGUUGCAAUCAAAUUUUCAAAGAAAUUGAAAUAGCAUUUGAUAUGAAUAUUGCAACCUGUAAAAUCUUAAUGAUCAAAGUUCUGAAUAGUGGUAUGAAUGCUAAAAUUCAAGCCCAUGUCAAGCCUUCCUGUAGGAGUGAAAGCAAAUUAUGUUAAACUUCAUGUAAAAUAAUUUUUACUUGGAACAUUCAUAUUGAAUGCAAAAAUGUGUUAUAUUCAAAAGUUGUGUCAUUCUGAAAUAAUGCAACAAUAGCCGACUCCAUUUAGGGUGUACAUUUACAUGUAUGAGGAAAAAAACUCAAGGAGCUACAUAAUACACUGUGAAUCUCUUGCCAUCGACAUGUAUUAAGACAUUUAAAAAUAUUAUUGGUAUUUGCACUUUUUCUUCAGUCAGAAAUUGAUUGUGAAUUUUUCGUAGAAAAUAGUAUGGUGCUACUAUAUUUGAACUUUAUAGAAAACAUGGAAUCAAACAUACUAACAUAAAAUUUUGUUUCUUUGAAAAUAUUGUGGAAUUGCUGUUGUAGAGAGGAACAGGGAAUUGAUCAUUAUAUAGAAAUAAUAAUACCGGUAAUAGCCAUUAUUUAUAUAGCGGUUUUCUC